AUGUCGAUCCCCGGCCUGGGUCAGAUUGCCCCUCAGCAACCCACAACCUCCACAACCCGUACCAUCACCCUCCGCCCCUUCUGGGAGUGGCGCUUCGAAGUCCCCCGCAGCAGCAUCCCCACCACCAACGCCGCCAUCAGCGCCAUCGGGCUCGGCGGCGCGGGCGCGGGCGGUGGCGGCGCGACGGUGCGCCUGACCAGCGGCACCGCCGAGCGCGACGGCACCGAGCUCGCCCUCAACCGCACCUACACCUUCCCGCGCAACACCCAGUCCAAGCUGCUCACCUACACGGGCGCCACCCUCGAGGUCUCGGGCGCCUUCGUCGACUCCGUCGCCCAGUACCCGGCCCCGGAGGCCUCGCCCCAGUUGCCGGUGCUCAAUCUGCAUUUUGCGCUGCAGGAGCUGCGCGCUGCGGCCGCGGCGGGGGGGAGUAAUCAUAAUAAUAAUAAUACCAAUGGUGGUGGGGCUCCCGGGCCGCGGGUGAUGAUCUGCGGGGAGAAGGACAGCGGCAAGACGACGGUGGCGCGGACGCUGGCGGCGCUGGCGACGCGGGCGGGCGGGCAGCCGCUGGUCGGAAGCGUCGACCCGCGCGAGGGGAUGCUGGCGCUGCCCGGCACGGUCAGUGCCGCGGUGUUCGGCACGGUCAUGGAUGUUGAGGACCCCGCCGCCGGGUUCGGCGUCAGCGGCACCCCGAGCAGCGGGCCCAGCGCCGUGCCGGUCAAGCUGCCGAUGGUGUACUACGUGGGGAGGGAGAGGGUGGAUGAGGAUGUGCCGUUGUGGAGGGACUUGGUGGGCAAGUUGGGGAGUGCGGUGAGGGAUAAGUUUGCGGCGGAUGAGGUGGUUAGGGAGGCGGGGUUGUUAUUGGAUACGCCCGCGGCGAGCGUGGCUAAGGGGGAUUUGGAGGUCUUGACGCAUGUGGUGAAUGAGUUUGCAGGUGGGUUGUUAGGAGCUGGGCGCACUGCGGGAUGGCAGCUAACAGUGACAGUUAAUAUCGUGGUUGUCCUUGGCUCGGUUGACCUGCACGCUGAGCUACAACGCCGCUUCGAGAAUCAGCGGACGGUACAUGGAGAAGCCAUUACGCUGAUCCUGCUCGACAAGUCCGAUGGCGUGGCAGAACGAGAUAAAGACUUCAUGAAGUUUACUCGCGAAGCUGCUAUUAAGGAGUAUUUUUUCGGCGAUGCCAAGAGGACGCUGAGCCCGUUUACGCAGUCCGUCAGCUUUGACGAUGUGGCUGUCUUCAGGACACCCGACGCCCUCGAGCGUGCCGAAGUCUCAGCAGAGAUGUCCCACUGGACCCUCGCCGUCAUGAACGCCUCAGUAAACGACCCGCCCGAGGUAAUUCGUCAAGCACCAGUCAUGGGAUUUGUGGCCAUCGCAGAUGUGGACGAGGACAGGCGGCGGCUCAAGGUCCUUUCUCCGGUUAGUGGCCGUUUGGGAAACCGGCCGAUGAUAUGGGGCCGAUGGCCCGAGCCGUACAUCAACUUGCUUGGAUAG